UGAUUAUUAUCCCUGAUGCAAGAAAAGGGAGCAUAUCUGCAUGCAGCGGUGGUUUGUUCACCACUGCAGAAGCAGGACCAGGGCUGUUGUGCUAGCUUUGUUCUCCAAGAGAAACCGCUUGUAAUUCAGUCGUCUCCCUCCUUUUGCCCUGGGAAGGAACAGCUUGAAAACAGUCGAUUUAAAAUGAAGGUAUGUUUUGACUGUGGAUCGAAAAACCCUAGCUGGGCAAGCGUAACAUACGGAGUGUUUCUUUGUAUUGAUUGUUCAGGGACCCAUCGAUCGCUUGGUGUGCACUUAAGUUUCAUUCGAUCUACAGAACUGGAUUCCAAUUGGUCUUGGUUUCAACUGAGAUGCAUGCAAGUUGGAGGAAAUGCAAAUGCUUCUGCUUUUUUCCAUCAACAUGGAUGCACAACAAAUGACACUAAUGCAAAGUAUAACAGUCGAGCUGCUCAGCUUUACAAGGAGAAGAUUAAAUCUCUUGCAACACAAGCAACAAGAAAGCAUGGUACUGAUCUGUGGACAGAUGGAUGUGGAAUGCCACCUGUGUCACCUCAACACAAAGAAGAGGACUUUUUUGCAUCCCAUGCUUCUUCCAAGAAUACAGAAUGGGUAUUAUCAGAGCCCGAACCAGUUCCUCUACAACCGAAAGCUCCAGAAAAUGUUCCAGAAUGCUAUGAAGGUGGACCAGAACAUGGACCAAGUGUUGAUUGCCUUAGUACAUCACCGAAAGCCACAUUAGAGAACACCUCCUUCAUAAAAAAGAAGCCGAAUCAAGUUAAGAAAGGGCUUGGCGCCAAAAAAGGCGGUUUGGGGGCACAAAAAGUCAGCAGCCAAAGCUUUAAUGAGAUUGAAAAACAAGCACAAGCUGUAGAUAGAAUGAAGGAACAAGAGGAUCUUCAUAGCAGUAAGAAAACAGAGAUGGAAGAGCCACUUGUAUCAUCUUUACGAUUGGCCUACAGAGAUCUUGAUAUAAAAACAAAAGAAGAAAAGUUAAAUCUAUCUGGUAAGAAGAAAAAUGAACUGGAGAGGCUUGGCAUGGGAUUUGGCAGCAACAGAAGUGGCAUUUCCCACUCUGUCAUCUCAGAUAUGCAAACAAUAGAACAGGAAACACCAACAAUUGCAAAACCUAAGAAAAAGUACACAGAUGAUGUAGAAGACUCAUAUUUCUCUUCUUCUAGUUCAAGGUACUAUGAUUCUUCAGAUUUGAGAAGCAACACUUUCUCUAAGUGGGAUGACAAUUCAGAUCCUUUUUGGAAGAAGGAAAGUAGAGAUGUUGAUGUAAUAUUAACUUCAAAAAAUACAGGAUUUUCAGACAGGCCUGCAUCUCGUCGUAAGCCUGAAUAUGAGCCAUCUUUAAGCACAGAUGAGGCACAAAAAAAAUUUGGCAAUGUAAAAGCAAUAUCAUCAGACAUGUAUUUCGGAAGGCAAGAUCAUGCAGAUUAUGAAGCUAGGGCUCGACUAGAAAGACUUUCUGGAAGCUCCUCUAUAAGUUCAGCUGACCUGUUUGAAGACCAGAAAAAGCAACCAGCAGCAAACAAAUAAAGCCCCAAAAUCCUAUAAUAAUCUUUUAUGAAAACAAAGGAGAUGACACCUAGAUUCACGUAAUCUUUUGAUGAGUUACCACAUGCCACAUGCGUGCCACCCAUUGUAAUAAUAAUGUUGAAUCUACUUCGAACACUGGUCUUGCCAAGUUAUUAAGGAAAUUUUGCAAGCUGUUUGUCUAUCAAGAGGAUUUAUUGGAGUACUUACCCUGGAGAGUACAUAUCAUCGGGUUAGAAAUGAGUAAGUAUUAGAGCGAAAAGUAGUAUUUAGGCUAUUGAAAAUCUCAUUGUUUUUUAACACCCUGCUAGUAAUUCAACAAUGUAGUGUCAUUUCAAAAUAGGCUCUAUCCUUUCUCAGAAUAUGAUACUUGAGGAUUCUGCUCAUUUAUACGCUAGGUGUGUGUGUGUGUGUAUACAUGAUAAAAUUCUCAUCAUAUUCUACAUGAGGAUACUUACUGGCCAUUAUACAAAAUGUAUUAUGUGUGAAGGAAUUGUACACACGUUUAUUCGUUACUGACUACUUGGAAAGGCUCUUAGGGCGUGUGGAGUACAGAGAUUUCUUACAAAAGAAUGAGAAAUAUUUUCCUGCAUUUCAUGGUUAGUUACUCACUAUGACUGGCAACCUUGUUACGUAAUUCAACAGUGAACUUGAAGUUACCUUACAAGGUGGCUCAAUUUCCUGUAUAGUUACUACACUUCAGAGCAAUAAAAGUGAGGAAACAGUACACCAAGAAUGAUUAGUACGUGUAUUUUAAAUUCACAUUAUAUUCAGGUGCUAGGAUCUGCCUUUCCUGCUUGUUUAUCUGUUACAAUCCCCUUCUCAAGGGUUACUUUUAGACUGUGACCGUUUGUGAUAUUUUACUGCACUCAUAGCUUGUCUGGUGUUGGAUUAAUGCCAAGAUCGUCAUCAGUUCCGUAAAACAAACGUAAUCAGAAGACCGGAGGUUGGCAACAAAUGUGCUGCUGUAAUUCUGGGGUCCUUGCCCGUAUAGAGUGUCUUGAAACUAAAGAUGUUUUCAUGAACACUGCUGAGAUUUUAUGUCGCAAAGUUUCAGGAUACCUGUCUUUACACAGAAUGCUGUAGGAUCUAGUUACCAAAAACAUAAGGCUGCAAAAAGGAGUUUUUACUUUGUAUUUUCUUUUAUACCGGUUGCUUUUGAAAGAUGGCAUGUCAGAUAGUUGACUUGCAAAGGAUGAUUUUGAUGGAAGUUAGAAAAAAGGAGUUACCUACCUCUGUCACUUUGUGCAAUUGUCUGGGAAACUUCUUGUAAACUAGAAAAACGAGAAAAAUCAUUUGACUGAGAAGAGAGUAGAGAUUCAUUCCCAGAUCUUAAUUCUGCACAAGCUCUUUCACUGACAUUUGUGUCCUUUACAGUAUCGGACAUUUAGAAGACUUCAGAAUACUUUGCAGAAUUUAGCAUGUCGAUAAUUCUUCUCACUGAUGAGCGUUUGGUUGUAAUUGUACGCAUGUUACUAUUUACUGCGCAGUUAGUUUUGAAACACCUUUGCUUUCUGUUAUUUUUAGACCUGUACUUCUCAUAAUAGCAGUAGAGGUAAUGCUGUUUUUAAGGAAGGUUGGAUUCCCAGCUUUGUUGGGGAGUGUUAAAACCUGCGAUGUAAAUGACCAUUACUAUAAUUCCACAGAAUUUUCCAAGCUGUGGAUAUAGUAAUGCAAAAUGUGUGUGUGUGUGUGUACAGAAAGCAAAACAUGCCCAUGUGUGCGCACAAAUAGGGUUCAUUACUUUUCAUUCAUCUCCAAAUUGCAAUGUAAGAACAGCUCUUCAGGAUACAAGACAUACCACUGCAGCAGGUUGGAAGCACAGGAUAAAUCAUGUCUCAUCCAAAUGUAUAUUGCUUAACUGGGAAUGCAAAGUGUAGAAAAUGACAGACAUGGUGGAAAUAUGAGCUAAUAUAAAAAUAAAAAGCAAGAUGCAUUUAAGAAGUUUGAGAUUUAGGCCUCCUGUUUACUAUAGUGGUUAUCAGAUGUUCAUUUUUAGUCCUCUUAGUAUAAUAUUGUACUUCAUAGGGGAAGAAAGAAGUCUGCUUUUAUAAGAAACUGUUUUCUUUUUGUCUCUGUGUGUAUCCCC